UGUGGUUCUUGCGCCUGCAGAGAGCUCGGGGCUGGGGUUGCCGUGUGUGCGGUUGUGUUUUUCGCCAGUCGGCCUUCUUCCUCCGGGACCAUGGCCACCGAUUCGUGGGCCCUGGCAGUGGACGAGCAGGAAGCGGCUGUCAAGUCGAUGAGUAAUUUGCAGAUCAAGGAAGAGAAAGUCAAACCAGAUACCAAUGGUGUUAUCAAAACCGAUGCCACUCCAGAGAAAACAGAUGAAGAAGAGAAAGAGGACAGAGCCGCCCAGUCCUUACUCAACAAGCUGAUCAGAAGCAACCUUGUCGAUAACACCAACCAAGUGGAAGUUCUGCAGCGGGAUCCAAACUCCCCACUCUACUCAGUGAAGUCCUUCGAGGAGCUUCGGCUGAAACCACAGCUUCUGCAGGGAGUCUACGCCAUGGGGUUCAAUCGACCAUCCAAGAUACAAGAGAAUGCGUUACCCAUGAUGCUUGCUGAGCCCCCACAGAACCUGAUUGCCCAGUCUCAGUCUGGUACUGGUAAAACAGCUGCCUUCGUCCUGGCCAUGCUCAGCCGAGUGGAACCAGCAGAGAGAUACCCGCAGUGUCUGUGCCUCUCCCCAACAUAUGAGCUGGCGCUUCAGACAGGAAAAGUGAUUGAGCAGAUGGGCAGAUUUCAUCCAGAACUAAAGCUUGCUUAUGCUGUUCGAGGCAAUAAAUUGGAAAGAGGUCAGAAGAUCAGUGAGCACAUUGUCAUUGGCACCCCUGGGACCGUUCUGGACUGGUGCUCCAAGCUCAAGUUCAUUGACCCCAAGAAGAUCAAGGUGUUUGUUCUGGAUGAGGCUGACGUGAUGAUAGCUACUCAGGGCCACCAAGAUCAGAGCGUCCGCAUCCAGAGGAUGCUUCCCAGGAACUGCCAGAUGCUGCUUUUCUCUGCCACCUUCGAAGACUCUGUCUGGAAAUUUGCCCAGAAGGUGGUCCCAGACCCAAACAUCAUCAAACUGAAGCGCGAGGAGGAGACAUUGGACACCAUCAAGCAGUAUUACGUCCUGUGCAAUAGCAGAGAUGAGAAGUUCCAGGCCUUGUGUAAUAUCUACGGGGCCAUCACCAUUGCUCAAGCCAUGAUCUUCUGCCACACCCGCAAAACAGCUAGUUGGCUGGCAGCAGAGCUCUCAAAAGAAGGCCACCAGGUGGCUCUGCUGAGUGGUGAAAUGGUGGUGGAGCAGAGGGCUGCAGUGAUUGAGCGCUUCCGAGAGGGCAAAGAGAAGGUUCUGGUCACCACCAACGUGUGUGCCCGCGGUAUCGAUGUGGAACAGGUGUCUGUCGUCAUCAACUUUGACCUUCCCGUGGACAAGGACGGGAACCCGGACAAUGAGACCUAUCUGCACCGGAUCGGGCGCACCGGCCGCUUUGGCAAGAGGGGCCUGGCCGUGAACAUGGUGGACAGCAAGCACAGCAUGAACAUCCUGAACAGGAUCCAGGAGCAUUUCAAUAAGAAAAUAGAAAGACUGGACACAGAUGACUUGGACGAGAUUGAGAAAAUAGCCAACUGAGAAGCUCCUGCAGUCACUGGUGCCGCCCUUGGUGCUCCCCCUGCACGGGACACUAGUGCUUUCACGGCACAGGCCUCAACAGUCAACACAAAGAUGAAGGCACGAGUAGAGAGAAACUACCUACCUCAUUUUAAAUUACAUUUGGACUUGACAAAAAUUGCGCAAAUGAUGGGGGAAGGUAGAAGAAAAAAUUUGCAUUUUGGAAAAUUUAGUCCUUUUCCUCCCAUCCCUUUUCAAAGCCACGGUUUCCUCCGUCUUUAUAAUAACGUGCUCACUAUUGGUAAUCGCUGGCCCCAGGAUCCCCUGCUUGUUUUCUGGCUAGGGGUGUUGAGACCAGCCUCUAGCCCCUGAAGAAACGAUAGAGGUAUAGGCAGAGGGCAGGAAAGGCCCGGGCAACUCAGCCGUGUGAGCUCCUGUGCGUGGGUGGAGCAUGGGGGGCGGCGCAGAGAGGCCUGUGAGCAGCAGCCCCCAUCCCUGACUGAGACUUGUCACGAAUGUCUCUUGCCCUUGGCCGCCUUCCUUCUCCUCAAAUCCAGAGAUGUUCCAGCUGAUCCCUUUUACCUCUGUUCUCUGUGCACAGUAUAUCCUUCUCUCUCCCUGUGUGAGCAUCUUGGCUACUUUGUAAACCUCAGAUCUGGGGAGAACCACAGAAGUCAGUGAAUCUUCAGAGGGACUGCUCUGGCAAGAGUGGAUGAUCUAGGGCUGCCUUCUCCUCCCGCAGUUCUAUCUGCUCAGGUACCUGGUGUCACAGCAGCCAAGGGACACCUGGUUGUUUUCUGACACAUGCCUGGCCGAGUGAGUUGAUUCUCACCCAUGGAUGUCACACUGUGCCUGGAGUCGAGCAGCAGAGUUUGGAAAGGAAGUUAUGACCAAGUGAAAACUCUGAUUAUGCUGUUCAUCCGUAACAGUAGAUGAACUUUAAUUCAUACAUUGUCUGUAUGAAUAAGGAUGGAUAAAUUAGAGCUAUACCCAUCAUUCAUUAUGUUAAGAAAUUUAAAAAUAAUUAUGAAAUGCUUUACUAAUCAUGAUUUGUUUUUACUUGUAUUUUUCUGCUUAUUAGACUAAUAUAU